AUGUCGGUGUCCCUCGCCGCCGUCCCCGUCGUGCUGAAGGAGAAGCGGUUCCACGCCGGCAUGCUGAAGGGUCCCCCGGCCCGGGGCUUCUACCACGCUCCGCUGCCCGGACCCCCGCCUCCCUACAUGGACUUCUUCCCGCACGGCCUCCUGCAUCACCCGCUCAAGUCGCUCGGCCGCCUGGUGUCGGACACCCAGGCCUCCCUGCCGCUCGGCCUGCAAGCCGGGGUGCCGGCCUUCCUGGGCGGCCAGGGAGGCCACCACGUCUCGCUGCUGCACGAACACAUGCUGAGCUCCUCCGGGAUCCCCUACCUGAGCCAGAUGCUGCCCUCCGGACACCCCCUGUGCGCCAAGCCCGAGGAGAUGGCAGCCGUGGUGACGGAGCACGCCGCCGGCCCGCUGUCCUCGGACUUCAGCAGCCCGUCCAGUGACAGGUCUUCCUCGGCCUCCUCUUCCUCCCUGAACACAUCACACCCCAAAGAGGCUUUGCUCCGGUACCGGGGCGCGGACUUGACGCCUCCAAAGAUGCGCACAUCUUAUAACUUCAGCCAGGAUGACUUGUUUAUGGUGCUUUACGGUUAUUCUGGCAGCCAGGAGCGCAUGGGUCACGCUCUAUCUGGAGUGGCCCUGCUGGAAAACUCAGUUUCUGAGUCUCACAUCCUCCCACUGGACAAACAGACACUUGAACUUCCAGAAGGGUUAACCGUCCUCCAGGCUGCGUGGGAGAACGUGUCCCACUGUGGGGUCUUCACGGACAAGAGCAGCAUCGCCAAGGGGACCCGCUUCGGACCUUUCCAGGGAAAACUCGUCAACACCAGCGAGAUUAAGACGUACGACGACAACACUCUGAUGUGGGAGGUGUUCGAGAACGGCAGGUUGAGUCAUUUCGUGGACGGCCGAGCAGGCUCCGGGAACUGGAUGUCCCUGGUGAAGUGCGCUCGGUUCCCGGAGGAGCAGAACCUGAUCGCGGUGCAGGUGCAGGGUCAGAUCUUCUACGAGGCCUGCAAGGAGGUGAGGCCGGGCCAGGAGCUGCUGGUGUGGUACGGAGACUGCUACAUGCAGUUCCUGGGCAUCCCUCUCACCCUGAAGGGUUCCAUGGAGGGACCCCCCGCCGAAGAUAACGGAGAGGGCUUCAAGUGCGACAGGUGCGGGAAAGUGUUCGCCUACAGGUACUACAGAGACAAGCACCUGAAGUACACACGCUGCGUGGACCAGGGCGACCGGAAGUUCCCCUGUCACCUGUGCACCAGAUCCUUCGAGAAGAGGGACCGACUGAGGAUCCACAUCUUACACGUGCACGAGAAACACAGGCCCCACAAGUGUUCAGUGUGUGGAAAGAGUUUCUCCCAGUCGUCCAGCCUCAACAAACACAUGCGGGUGCACUCGGGAGAAAGGCCGUAUAAGUGUGUCUAUUGUAAUAAGGCCUUCACUGCCUCCAGUAUUCUGCGCACUCACAUCCGCCAGCACUCCGGAGAGCGGCCCUUCAAGUGCAAGCACUGCGGGAAGGCCUUCGCCUCGCACGCCGCCCACGACAGCCACGUCCGGCGGACCCACGCCCGGGACAAGCCGUUCCCCUGCGACCUGUGCGGGGCCUCGUUCCAGGAGGACCUGGAGCUCAAAAACCACAUCAAGAAUCACAAGAACAGACAGAUGUUGGACACCACAGUCCUUCCGUCCACUCCGGGCAGUGGAGUCCAGGAGGACACCGCCAUCCCGGGGAAGGACACCCCAGCAGCUCACACCAAAGCCGGACAAAACUUCCCUUACACCGGCUUAACCGUUUUAAAUCAGGAAUACCGGCCCUGGAACUAG